AUGGCGACCGCAUACAUCUUCACGCUUCAGCCCACGUUCACUCAGGGUCUUGUACUUGGCCAGGCCUCCAUUCUUGUACUGCUCUUCGUGGUCCUCAAGUAUCUGUUCUUCGACACAGACGAGGGCCGUCCGUACCGAGUUGCAUCUUACCAGCCAAAGGUCGAGCCAAGCGACGCCGAAGGAGACUCUUUUGCGGGUCGUGUAGACCCCGGUCGAGCUGGAAGUGCACUCCGAGAAGGAGAUGCGGAAAGUGCAGAGUGGUUAAAUGUCUUCCUCCAACAAGUACUGGAUGCAUAUCGUGUGAAGCUGCGUAACGGACUAUCUGGUCUGGACGGAGACGAGGUCGCGCGGCAGCGAGUAGAAGAGUUCGCCAAUAAAAUGCGCCCAACGGGCUUCCUUGACCAUAUCAAAGUGCACUCCGUAGAUAUGGGCGCGUCUGCACCACGCCUAUCCCGUGCGCGGAUCCGCCGCCAGCUUAACCCCGGCUCGGAAUCGGAGAUCGAAUAUGACAUGAAUUACAUCGACACCGUUUCCAUAUCCAUCUCCACCUCCGUGCUCUUCAACUAUCCCUUCGCCUCCUUCGCGCGGUUACCCGUCUCCCUGACCAUCUCCUUGUCGCUCUUUUCCUCCUCAGUCCGCUUGACGCCGCCAAACCCACACUCCCCGCACCCGACAAUCGCCUUCACGUUGCCCGCCCCACAUUCGGAUUUCGUGCUUGACAUCAAGACGACCUCGCUUAUGGGCAGUCGCGCGAAACUCGAGGACGUACCGAAGUUGCAUGAGCUGAUAGUGCAUCAGAUACGUAGAGCCAUCCUCGAACGAGGUACAUGGAAAGUCGUCCUUCCGGGCCUAGCCAGUGUGAGCGAAGUCAAGGAGGAUGUUAAGCUAGAACGCGAGCUGGCAGAGAAGUUCGAUUAG